AUGCAUCCCCACAUUGAUCCGCCAUCUACCUACGUGGUCUACUUCCGGGACGGUGUUCCGGCAUCCAAUUGGCUAAUUGGAGAGAUCCCUCGUUAUCCGUCCUGGUCGAUUCAUGCUCUUGGAAAAUAUUUUUGCUAUUCGCAUUCGUCAGGUCUUUCCUAUCCGGGUUUUCUACGGAAUAGCAAUUACUUGCUUCCUUGGGACGUCGUUGUCGGCUCUGGUGCCUGGGAUCAAGGUGGUCGCGGCAUGGGAAAGGGAGGUACUGGAAAAUAUCGACCGGGUCGAGGGGAUUCUGGUGUAGUCAAACUGUUUAUCGGAUUCGAAAUGGAAUGCCCUUUGGGACAUCGUUUUUUCCUUGCUGGGCCUGAUCGUGCAAUGGAUGGACCUAUGCAAAGUAGCCAGGUCCGUUAUGCAGUGCAAGGCUUGCUCACUCGUGAUUUGCCCCUGUUCAUGCCAUGUAGGAUGCAUCGUUCGGGUACUGCGGACGAGAUCAGUCAAACAGCCCGAUCAGAUCCGGCCUCGAGCGAGUGGCGACAUACCACCAACAGUCCACGUGAUGACUUGACUCUUUGGGCCCAACUUACUCGAAUUUAUCUAGCGAUUCCAGCCGCACCGGUUCGUGUUCGAUUUCGGCCUCGUGUUCGACCUGGUCCUGCACACACUACUCCAAUAUUCCAUCUUGGUUCGACUCUUACCCAAUUUGAAGAUCGCUCGGGCUUAUCCGAUUCUGGAACCGAUAUGGACGAUGACGACAUUGACGAGAAUGAAAACCGAGGUAAGCGGAAUGGGAAAUCGGGAUCCGCUAGGAGAACGACUUCCGCUGCAAAUGACGACAAUCAUGUUGGCUGUGAACUGCGAACCACGAGCAAAAACAAACAGCGGCCCGGUUUCGUCAUGCUGGACAACGGUCUGUUGUGGGUUGCUCGUCUACCGUAUCCUUCAUAG